AUGGCAAUAGAGAAUUCCGACGCGGAUGAAAAUAGCAGCGGGUUGUGCGUACCGCCAGACAGCUUGGAUGAUUUGGAUUUCUUCCCCAACUUUUCCGACGAUUUUAUCUCCAUAACAGACUUAUUUUCUAGUCUGGAGAACGAAACUAUCAUCUCCAGGUCUGUACAGGAGUCGCGGAAAGGAAAGAGGAAAACAGCCGAAGGGAGAAGACGAAGAUAUAGCAAUCCCAACGGCGGCUGCGGGUGGAAGAAGAGAAAGUGCAGUCAUUGUGAAACCGAAGAUACGCCUCAGUGGAGGAUGGGACCUUUGGGACCAAACACUCUGUGCAAUGCUUGUGGAGUAAGAUAUAAGUCCGGGAGAUUGGUGCCUGAGUAUCGCCCGGUUGCAAGUCCAACUUUUGAUAGUUCCAAACAUUCAAAUUUUCACAGAAAAAUUAUGCAGCAUAGGAGAGUAUGA